AUGCAACGGAAUCGUUUUCGGCAGCUCUCAACUGGUUUCGGUCAAGCGCUGGCCAUGGCGUUUCAGGACUUUCCAGGAGCCGGCUACCUCCGCCUACGUGGCCUACCUUUCAGUGCCGGUACGCGGGAGGUUUCCGAGUUCCUCGCAGAGUUUGGUAUAAUGGAGGAGAACAUCGCCCUGGGCAUGAACACCCAGGGACGGCCAAGUGGUGAGGCAUGGGUCCAGUUCCUCGACGUCCCAAGUGCUGAAGAAGCGAAGCGUCAAAAGGAUCGACAUCGGAUUGGCGGCCGUUACAUCGAGAUCUUCGCCACAUCACUCGAGGCUGCAAAUGCGGCCACCAGGAAUACCACGAGUGGUGGCGCAAACAUGACAAUUCCAGAUUUCCCCGGCUCAUCUUACCUUCGAUUGCGCGGGCUGCCGUACAGUGCUACACAAGCGGACGUUGCGGAGUUCUUCCAAGACUACGGGGUUACCACCGCGCAGGUGAUCAUGGGACAGGAAGGCAAGCUCUUGAUUCUAGCUGUUCCCCAUCCGGCUAUGGAUGGUUGA